AUGUGUAAUUAUGCUGGUGUUACUUCAUUAGUCUUUGGAUAUUGGAAUAUAAUGAUUGUUAGUUGGACUUAUCUUUAUAGAUUUAAUAUUUUUGUUAGAAAAAAAGAUCCAUUAUAUUUUAACAAAAUUGAAAAAUUUAGAUUAAUUGUUUGUGCAAUUAUUAUGCCUCAUAUUGUAUUUAUAUUUGCCUUUGAUGCUCCAUUAAAAAAAGAUGAUUACUCAAAAUAUUAUAAUUAUAUUGAUCUUAUUUUAGAACCAUAUAAUAAAAAUUUGAACACAAUUAUUUUAUAUAAUCCAAAUAUGACAACCCCCUUUACAUUUAUGAUAUUUCUUGGUUUGAUAUAUGUUGUUUUUCAUAUAAUACAUGGAAUUAUAUUUUAUGUUAUUCCAUUAGAAAAAAAAUUAAAAAAAAAAAAAAAAAAUUCAAGUAGUGAAACAUAUAAAAUUCUUAAAAGAAGUAUUAUUCAAUUACGGGCAAUUUUAUUUGUUACAACAGUUUUUGGUUUAAGUCCUGUAGCAUUAUCAAUAAUUAUUGUAACAAUUUAUGGAAAGAUAAAUCUUAUUUAUACAACAAUUUCAAAUAAAGUAACAGCAUUACUUCUUUUAUAUUAUUCAUUUUCACCAUUUUUUGUAUUUUAUUUAGUUUUUGUUGCUUAUAGAAGAAAGUUACAUGAAAUAAAGAUGAAAUCAAAAGUUAUGAUAAGAAAAUUUACUCGUCCUCAAUUAAAACAAUUUUUACCAUAA